AUGUACGAAGGGAUUGACAACCUGAAAUCCCUUUACGACCGUGCCGGGAAGACUUUCUCCGGCGGUCCUUCUGCGGCACAGGAUGUGCCGCGUCGUACUGCUCAACCAGACCCAGUACGUCAACCAUCAGUUGGGAGCGGGGCUCCCAAGUAUCCCAGGACGGGGGAUAGCCGCGCCACCGGACGAGAUAACUCGUCCGACGUCCGUUCAAGUCGCGGUGGUUCAACAGCUGCUCAACUAGAUAGCGCUGGCCACCGCGAGAGUCCUCUAAUGGAGGUGGAGGAGGAGGAAAGACGCUCUCCACACGAUCAUGGGGAUCGGUGUGUUCCCGAGAGCUUCUUUGAUCGCGUAACGCAAGGGUUACGCGACGAUCUCGAGCAUGAGCGGAAUAGGCGUCUCCAGAUGGUGGACACUGCCUCGAAGCAUCGAGCUGAGUUUGCCUUUGCUCAGCUUGAGAACGAGAGAUCUCUGACAUCUCUUCGUGACGAGCUAAGGGUAGCUCGUGGGAUUGUUGAUCGGUCUCGGGCUGAGAUAACUGCUCUUCAGACCCUUGUUGAUGCCCACCAUCGGGAGCACAAGGCUCUCUGCGAGAUGCUUGAGCGCAAGGGCGUUCUUCAUCGGAAGAAGCAGCGUACUGAUGGUACGGCUUAA